ACACCACUAUUACGCUCCAUUAAAAAAAAAAUUUGUUGCUUCCUCUACCCUUUGAAAAUCAUGAGAACUACUACUUCUGGCUCUUCAGUUCUUGCUCUGUUGCUGCUUCUUACCGUUCUUACGGCACUAAUCCACUAUUCUGAUUCUCGGCCAAUCGCUCCCUCUGGCUACAGAGAAAGAGUAGUGGAGAUCAAGGACAGAACCAAGAUGAAGUUCCCAUUCCCGAUUCCGGCGAGGCUCGCGGCGAUGUCUCGGUUCGUUCCGGGGAAAAGCGCGAUGAAUAACGAGCUUGACAAGCCAAUUCACAGCAUUUCGGAUAAGUGGGUCCCUGCAGGACCGAAUCCACUUCACAAUUAGAGUCCGGAAAAGAAGAGCUUUGAUCAAAGGCGGCGGAAAGAAUCAAUUUGGGCAUUUGUU